AUUCAACAAAAAGUAGGCCACAAAUAUAGUGGUUUCGUGGUUGCAGUGACGUAAUUUACGAGUCUGGUGAUUUUCCAUUUCCAAACAAGCGGAAAUAUUUUGAAAGAUUAUAAUUUUUCGGUAAUGGCUAUGUACCAGUUUGUAUAAGCCUUACUAUGUUGUUCAUGGGAUCGAUUGAUUUUUAUGAUUUGGAUACUUCGAAUUAUUUAUAUAAACGUCGUCAUUAGCCUAUCGCUUCUGUCUCCCAGUGAAGUAACCUAUUUAUUCCCCAACUCCAUAUAGGUAUACUCUUCUACGAACCCAAAUAUGGAGCAGUUGACAGACUGGUUGAACGCCUUACAGAUGACAAACGAGCAAAUAAAGGAGGAAAGAGAAGACUCACAGCCCUACCAAGCGGUCACUACUCCGGUGGUGGAGCUUAUAUACCUCAUGUGUUCCCUGUUCGAGUUACCGACCGAGGUACGGUACCUCUCUGUGGAGAUUUUCGACAGGUUCGCUUCGCUCCAUUUUCAGGACUUACACUCCAAAGUUUGGCAGGAAGACACGGAUUUGGCGAGAGAACAGUGGAAAAAAGUGGAGGAGAAGUUGCGGGAGCAGACCCCCCUGCGGAUUCUCUCGUGUAUCCAGAUCGCGUCGAAGUUCGUUCUUCACUCGAAGGCACUGAAGCCGAAAGAAAUACAGGCGUACUUGAGAACGGAGGGCAUGGAAUACACCCUGAAGAUGAUAAUUUCUUCGGAGAUGAGAGUGUGGAAGACGAUGAAGUUCAGGAUCUACAUUCCGACCGUCAUAACCUACGUUGACUUGCUGCUGGAGCAGCUUGGUGUACCCCCUCAGUCCGAUCUCUCCUCUGAGAGUGUUCACGAGAGAGCUGCUCUCUUCAUGGACCUCGCUUAUCUCUACCACCACGAGAUCUAUAAGAAGCUCUUCUACCUGUCCACCGGCCGCUGGGACCCCACGCCCACGGAGAGGAGACGGUUCCGCCCCACGGAGUGCGACACCCUGUACAGAGCUUCCGCUCUGGUGGCGUUGACACUCACGUUCAACCUCAGAGAUCCCGGGGACGUCUAUCUGAGACUAGGAAACCUCACACAACUUCUUCCCAAGGACAUUCAAAUCCUUGCUGACGUUAUCAAUCAAGUUAUUAUGUUUUAGAAUGUAUUUAUAUAUAAUACGUUAUACGAUGAAUAAGACUUAUAAUAUUUUACAUUAACAAUGUAGUAGAGUAGGCCAAUGUAAGUUAAUUUUUUAUGAAUAGAACAUACUUUAGAUAUAAACAGUAAUUUAUUUAUAUGUUUAAGUAGGAAGAUAAUAAUCAUUACAUCAAAAUAUUAAA